CCAAAGAAACCCGUCAGAAUGCUCAAUUUCCGUUCGCAAGAGGUUCGGCAGCUCCUGCACAACAAGUUUGUGGUUAUCCUGGGCGACUCGAUUCAGAGAUCGGUGUAUAAGGAUCUAAUUCGGCUACUGCAGAAUGACUCCUUGCUUUCCUCUUCUCAAAUGAAGUCCAAGGGAGAGCUCUGCUUUGAAAACGACCGCUUAAUCGAAGGGGGAGUGCUGGGGGAGCUACACAACGGGACCCAUUAUCGCGAGGUUCGCCAGUACCGCACAGACCACCACCUCGUCCGCUUCUACUUCCUCACUCGCGUCUACUCUGAGUACCUGGAAAGCAUCCUGGAAGAUUUCCAGGCUGGCCCACAGCCAGACGUCUUGGUCCUCAACUCCUGCAUUUGGGACGUUUCGAGGUACGGUUCAUCCUCCAUGAAGGAAUACUGCAGGAACCUGCAGACCGUCUUCAACAGAUUCGAUGCAGUCCUCCCUUCCUCUUGUUUGGUUCUCUGGAACAUGACCAUGCCGCUGGGCUCCAAGAUUACCGGGGGCUUCCUUAUCCCAGAGCUACAGCACUUGAGCCAGUCCCUCCGCAGAGACAUUAUUGAGGGCAACUUCUAUGGGGCCACCCUGGCCGGCUUCCACCUGUUCGAUGUGCUGGACCUUCACUUCCAUUUCCGCCACGAUUUGGGCAACCGGCUCAAGGAUGGCGUCCACUGGAACAACGUGGUGCACCGCAGGAUCACAAACCUGCUCUUGGCCCAUGUGGCGGAUGCUUGGGGCGUGAUGAUCCCAGAAAACAAACCACAGGAAGUUACGGCGCUUGACACCUUCCAGGAUUUCGGGGGAGCCAUGGCUGCCGCCCCUGAUCCGAGCCUCUUCUCGUCUUACCCUUUAUGCAACGAAGAAAAUAUCCCUCCGUGCUCCAGUCGCCGGAAGAGGAGGCGGCGUAAGGUGCCCUUCUGGGAGAUCGAUCCAUCCCCCUACUCGAGGACUGUGCCCAAGAUGUCCUGUAACACUCCCUACCAAAGAGCCAGCCGAUUCCUCACUGACCGCUACUAA